AUGUCUACUACUACUACCACCAUAACAUCCACACUAGAUAGUGAGAUGCCAGCCAGCAAUCUAGUCCCGACUAUAGACAUAUCGCCCUUUAUCCUUGACCCUACGUCCCCCUUAGUCGACAAAAUUGUUGAAACAGCCAGAAAAGCAUGUAUCGAGACUGGAUUCUUUCAAAUCACAGGUCACGGGAUUUCAGAAGAGCUUCAAAGCGAGCUUUUUGAAGCUUCCAAGCAGUUUUUUGCUCUUUCCCCGGAAGAAAAACAAAGCCUUGAUGUCAACACAAAGCCUGGAAGGAAAGGAUAUGAUUCCGCGGAGGCAUACAAUGGGGAGAAACUUCCAGAUUUGAAAGAGCUAGUCGAUGCCACUAAAAUGGUACACUCUCAUUUGUUCGAAACUUACAGAUCUUGCCAGAGCUUUUUCCUCGGCCACGACAACUCCCCUGACGAUCCCGCAGUCCUCUCCCACCGCUUCUUCAUGGGACCAAACGUUUGGCCUUCCAAUUCGCUUCUCGCUUCAUCUUCAUUCCGCGAGCCGGUGGAGCGUUACUUCACGGCUAUAAAUAAUCUCGCUACCCAAGUCCUUGAUCUAGUAGCUCUUACUCUGCCGUAUGGACCUGACAUCUUCUCCAAUUUCAAAACUGGCCACGUAGUUGCUCCCCUCCGUCUCCUACAUUAUCCCCCAGGCAAACCUCUCCCCGGGACCGACCAUUCGAACUCAGACCAAGCGCAAUUAGGUGCUGGAGCCCAUACUGACUUCGGUGCAAUAACCAUCCUCCUCCAAGAUACAAAUCCAGGUCUUCAAGUCUUACAUCCCAAAACACAGGACUUCGUCCCUGUUCCUCCGACACCUGGCGCCUUUGUGGUGAAUGUAGGCGACAUGCUCACUGCAUGGACUGGGGGUGUUUACAAGAGUAGCGUGCAUCGGGUUAUCAAUGACAAUCCUGUUGAUCGGUAUUCUGCGGCAUUCUUCUUCAAUGGCAACUUGGAUUGUGAAUUGGACCCGCUGGAUGGGAGACAGCCUGUGCAAGGCGCAGAGGGUGUCGGCGGGAUAGGUACGAAGGGGUGGACAGUGGAAAAGCAUCUGAUCAAGAGGAUUCAACAGAGCUAUGGGGGACGGGAGUAG